CCCAUGUUCCAAGUUUCGACUUCCCUGAAUCAACGUGUAUCUGUAAGAUGCGCACAAAUCAGCGUUGGCGACAAUUGCCAAGCACGUCGUAUCAUCAUGUCAUUAUCUCCCUUUCCCAGGCAGAGUUUUGACAAUGAUAGGCUGGGAUGGAAGUUUAUUCCCCGUGAAGCUCUGAAAAGUGUUGGUAGUGUAACGCCAGGUGAAUUGUCCAGCAAUAAGUCGCAUUUUUAUUCCAUGUCCAGAGUUCGGGGACAGAGCCGACCUGGUGACUUAUAUUAAGGUGGUGUUUCCGCUCCCUUUUUGUUACUUCCCCCCGAACUUGGAACAACAAAGCCUCACACCAUGCUCUCUUCCCACUCCUUUCCACUUUGGCUCCUCGCCGCUUCAUCAGCCUUGGUGUAUGCCUCGCCGGCUAUUACUCGGCCUGAUGCCGGCAACAUCAUCGAGCGAGCCGCGGCCGCAAGUUCUUCAGGAUGCGGCAAAGAGCCAUUCUCUUCUGGCACGAAGUCGGUCACGGUGAACGGCAAGGAUAGACAAUUCAUCGUGCGGGUCCCGAACAACUACGAUCAGACCAAGCCGUACAAGCUCAUCUUUGCCUUCCACUGGGUCGGGGGCACUAUGCAAGACGUUUCGAGUGGCGGUACCGACAAGGAGUUGUGGGCAUAUUACGGCAUGCAGCGCAGCGCUGAGGAGACGGCCAUCCUAGUGGCACCACAGGGUCUUAACAACGGUUGGGCCAACUCGGGAGGCGAGGACAUUGCGUUUGUCGACGCCAUGGCACAGUACAUCGAGGACGCACUCUGCGUCGACCAACAGCAGCGCUUCAGCAUCGGCUUCUCAUACGGCGGUGCCAUGACCUAUGCCAUCGCCUGCGCGCGCGCUAAGGACUUCAAGGGCGUUGCUGUCAUCGCUGGCGGACAACUGUCUGGGUGCGAUGGGGGCAACGAUCCCGUCGCGUACCUUGGGAUCCACGGAAUCAGCGACGGCACUCUGAACAUUGCCGGCGGCCGUGGCCUACGUGACCGCUUCGUGAAAAACAACGGUUGCGCAAACACAAACGCACCCGAGCCGGGGCAAGGCAGCGGCACACACACCAAGACAGAGUACACUGGUUGUCAGGAGGGAUACCCUGUGACCUGGAUUGCGCACGAUGGCGGUCACUGGCCUGGGGCGGUGGACAAUGGGCCUGAGAGCGGAGCGAACUCAUGGGUUCCUGGGGAGGUUUGGUCUUUCUUUUCACAGGCCUAAGUCAAGCAACAGUCAUGUAGGUAGUCAAGUUGCAUGCGGGCGAGACCGGGACUGGGUUGGCCCGGGGGCGAUUGAUAGGUAGUCUGGAGUUGUCGGGAGAUUCGAGUCACAUAAAAAAUGUAGUUGUGGUUAAAA